AUGGAUUAUCCAAUGAAGAUUAUGGUGUGGGUGAGGCUACCAGGUUUACCCUAUCACUAUUAUACACGUAGUCUCUUUGGACAUAUUACAGGAGCUAUUGGUAAAGUGGUAAGGGUAGACUAUAAUACGGAAGAUGGGAAGAGAGGUCACUUUGCACGACUUGCGGUUGUUGAUGACUUAGACAAACCACUGAUCUCUGGAAUAGUGAUAGACAGUCAUCGACAGUUAAUCGAAUAUGAAGGAUUACCAACUAUUUGUUAUUCUUGUGGGAAGUAUGGGCAUACACAUGAACACUGUGGUAAAGAGAAGAAAGAACACUGGGUCAAAAAGAUUGCAAGCUCGGAUACAGGGAGACAAAACACUGCUCAUAUUUCGGGUUCUCGCUUUGAGGCCCUUCAGGCAAUUCAAGUCGAUGAUAACCCAGGAAGUAACCCGAUACAAAAGCCAUCUAUGAUGGGGACUAAUAAUAAGGGAGCAAUGUCUUUUUCUGGUCAUUUGAAUUCCAAGGCGAGUGGUAGUGCUGAAUCUAGCAAGCAAGGGGAAGCAAGACAAGUUUCAAAAGAUUCUAUUGAACCAAAAAGAAGUGAUGUAGUAGGUCCACAACGAACGAACAACAAUAUUGGUGUGGCUUCAAUAGGUAAGAUUACAAGUGUUGUUUCAUCUUUGAAUAAAGACAAACAUGUGGCUAUACAUGUGACGGAAUAUGAUGAGAACUUAGCUCCACAAGAGCGUAACUUAGACAUUUUUCAACGAACUGCUCGAGGGACCAGUACAAAAGCUCAAAAUAAAGGGCUUGCUGCCGUUAAAGGUUUAUCUCGCAAGGGGUUGAAGACAAGGAAAAAAGAUGAGAAAAUGCCGAGCAAACCAGUGUUAGCUGAGUGGAUUUUGGCUAUGAAUUCUGAAUUUAACCGAGCAAGUAUUACUUUGGAGAAUCCAUCCACAGAAAUCCAAGGUGCCAAGGAUGCUGACAGUGAUAUGGGAGCUCAGGACCCUGAUUUCGAUAGAAAUUUUAAGUUAUUGAUGAAGUCUAAAAGACUGUAUGUUGUUGUUAUUUUGGAACCAAGAAUUAGUGGUAUGGCUGCUGAUCAGUUUAUCAGGAAUUUCGGUUUUGAGUUCUCUUAUCGUAUUAAAGCUUUGGGGUUUUCUGGUAGAAUUUGGAUACUUUGGAGGAAUUCUUUUCAUAUUACUAUCUUGGUUGUUUCUAGACAAUAUAUUCAUGCAGCGUGUUCUAUGAUGGGUGGAGGUCAGCAUUGCUUUAUUAUUUUUGUCUAUGAUAGCCCUGUGAUUGGAAUUAGAAGCAAGUUGUGGAGGUAUUUGAGAGAAUUGGAACCAAGUUUGGGGUUGCCAUGGAUGCUUGGUGGGGAUUUUAAUGUCAUUGGUAAUUACGGUGAACGACAAGGUGGCUCUCAAUGUCUACAUGGAGUUUGCUUAAAAUUCGGUGAUUUUAUGUUUGAUACAUGA